AAUUGCUGAUUUGCUUCUCUGAAGGUUGAUUGACUCCAGUUCCACCACCAUGGAUGAACUCCAGGACGUGCAGCUGACGGAGAUCAAACCCCUUCUCAACGACAAGAAUGCUGCUCGUAACUUCCAGGACUUCGACUGUCAGGAACACGACAUUGAGACCGCGUUCGGAGUGGUGCACGUCACCAUGCGGGGCAUCCCGAAGGGCAACAGACCCGUCAUCCUCACCUACCACGACAUCGGCCUCAACCACAAAUCCUGUUUCAAUGCGUUUUUUAACUUUGAGGACAUGCAGGAGAUCACCCAGCAUUUUGCCGUGUGCCAUGUGGAUGCCCCCGGCCAACAGGAAGGAGCCCCCCCAUUCCCAUCUGGGUAUCAGUAUCCCAGUAUGGAUGAACUGGCUGAAAUGCUCCCUGCUGUUCUGACACACCUGAACCUGAGGAGCGUCAUUGGGAUUGGACUGGGAGCUGGUGCUUAUGUCCUCAGCAGGUUUGCGCUCAGUCACCCAGACUUGGUGGAAGGACUUGUGCUCAUUAACGUUGACCCAUGUGCAAAGGGCUGGAUCGACUGGGCAGCCUCCAAGUUUUCAGGCUGGACAACCAACAUCGUGGACAUUGUCUUGGCACACCAUUUUGGCCAUGAGGAACUGCAAGCAAAUCUGGAUUUGAUCCAGACAUACAGGCUUCAUAUCGCACAGGACAUUAACCAAGACAACCUUCAGCUAUUCCUCACCUCGUACAACAGCCGUAGAGACCUGGAAAUUGAGAGACCAGUUCUUGGCAUCAAUGAAAACACAGCAAAAACACUCAAGUGCCCGGCCUUGCUCGUGGUUGGCGACAGCUCCCCUGCAGUGGAAGCAGUGGUUGAAUGCAAUUCACGGCUUGACCCAACCAAGACUACCCUUCUGAAGAUGGCAGACUGCGGGGGCCUGCCCCAGGUGGUUCAGGUAAGAAGCACGCAGCUGAACUGGCUUUGUGUAAAACAUCCUGCCCUGCUCGUACUAAAACCUCAUCUUCUGUGUCCCCAGCCUGGGAAGCUGACUGAGGCCUUCAAGUACUUUGUGCAGGGAAUGGGCUACAUCCCUUAUGUGCAGCUCAGCCACCUAAGCACUGAGUCAGUGCCAGCAGCCAGCAUGACCAGGCUGAUCCGCUCCCGGACCCACUCCUCCUCCAGCGUGGGCUCUGGCGAGAGCGUGCGCAGCCGGUCUCACACCAGCAACCAUGGCGAAGGAAGUGUGGGAACCCCCGAUGCAAUUGAUCUCCAGGAAGCACCUCAAACCAUGGAAGUGUCCUGUUAAGCAGGAGCCCUUCUUCUGGAUUCAGACAACUCCAGUUGCCCCCACUGAACCCACUCAGAAUCUAGCAUUUCAUCCAACAUGGCAUUAACUGUUCUCUCUAACUUGUGCAUGCCCAUCUGAGCUGCCACCUCCUUGGUAGUCUGUACUUGGCAUUACUUCGGUCCUUUCUGUAUGCCCUUGUCAUCAGAGCCCCUUUAAAACUCAUUAACAUUCUGAAGUCCUAGUAAGUCACGUUACUGUACCUGCUGAUACCACCUCCUGUCUGUGCUGUAUAUCAAUCCAGAUGACAGCCGUUGUCUCCCCCUUUCAUUCAAAUAUAAUUUCUGUGGCUUUGUGAGGUUUAGAAUUGCUUUCUAGUUGUGCUUCUGCUAAAGGACCCUUGUGGUGCAGUCUGUAUGGCGUCCGUGGGAUGUGGGAAGGACAGACUCUGAGGGUGUGAGGUGUGGCCGCGGGAGGCAGGCAGGGCUCUCCUGCGGAGGGCCGGGAGCGCAGAGCCCGGCCCGGGGUCUCUGCCCUCCGCACACGCUUGGUGUGCCCAGCAGCCCUGGGAAGAAGGAGUCACACACACUGUCCUGGUCUCAUCGCCAUAUGUGUGUUAAGAAGGAACAGGGGGGUUCUUACCUGAGCCUCCUGAAAGGGCAAAACACUUAAGUUAACUUACACUAACCAAGGUGCACUAUUCAACAGAGUACAAGGGAUUAAACAGCAGCAGCCCUGGCUUCCAGACUGCCCCUGCUGACCCGCCAGGACGCUGCUGCUGCAGCAGUUGUGCAGGAGGGCCGGACGCAGGCAGGAUAGCCCUCAGUUACUGUUUCAGGUUAUGGGACCAUCUUCCCCUGGUGAAGCUUUAACAUCGAGUAGAUAGUGAAAUAGGCAGCGGUGCCCCCUGGCACAGGGAGAUCCAGAAACGCCCUGUGCUGCCAGCUCUGCCUCCCGCUGCCGCCCUCCCCAGGCAGGACGGCCGCGCAGGGUGUUAACUGAGCCCGAAGCAACACGGGUGAGUGUAGGCGCCUCGUGACACGCGUCCUGCUCACAAGCCAGAAGUGUGAGUAGCGAGCGCCCACGUGCAGGUACCGUUUGCUGUCUUCAUCAAACUCACAGUCCCGCUGCCUUUUGGCACCUGGCUGGAUCAGAGGCACCUGCCUGCUGCCUGCCAGGGUCUAGCUGUUAAAUGGGAGAAAAGGGACAAGUAGCCAGACUCACGCGGGUCUCUUGGUAGACGAGCAGAACAUCCCGUCUCAAGUGCUGAGCAGUCCUGGCUCGCUGGGAGCCAGCUCCGCCAAGGGUCACGCUCAAGUUCU